AUGGACGGAGAAGAACGGCCCAGGAAGAUCCAGAAGCUCGACACUGACGAGUCGCAUGACACCGAGCCGCUAAUGACCGGCGCAAUUUGCGGCGGGCAGGAUGAGAAGCUCGAGCAAGCUCACACAGAAAACACCGCUCCCGCAACAACUCCAGAGAAAGAAUCGGAGGAGCCAACAGCUGCGGAAAACGAGUCCGAGGAAACUUCACAGAAUCUAUCGAAGCGGCAAUUGAGGAAGCAGCGCCAGCGCGAAGCUUGGGAAGCAGAACGAGAAAACCGCAAGGUGAUACGGAAGGAGAAAGCCACCGCGAGGAAGCUCAAGAAGCGCGAAGCCUGGGAGGAAGCGAAAAGGCAAGGUAAAGAUACAAAGGAGGAAUUGGCAAAGUUAUUCCCUUCGACGGGCAGGAAAGGUCAAAGAACGACACAGCUUCCAAUUACUCUGGUCAUCGACUGCGGAUUCGACGACCUCAUGAUGGAGAAGGAACGGGUAUCUUUGGCGCAACAAUUGACGCGGUCCUACUCGGAGAAUAAUAGAUCACCAUUCAAAGGGCAUCUCGUACUGUCCUCAUUCAACAAGUUGCUAAAGGAGCGCUUUGAAACAACCCUGCACAGAACCCAUGAGCAUUGGAAAAAUGUCCGCUUCUUGGACGAGGACUGGCUCUUUGCUGCGAACCAGGCAACUGAAUGGAUGCAAGGUCCACAAGGAGGGAAGCUCGUUGGGCCUUUUAAGAAUAAAGCGGACGCGAAGCCCGAGGACGGAGAGAUUGUCUACUUGUCUAGUGACAGUCCGGAUACCCUAACGGAACUCAAGCCAUACAGUACGUAUAUUAUCGGAGGGCUAGUGGACAAGAACCGCCACAAGGGAAUCUGCCACAAGCGAGCAACGGAGCUCGGAAUCAAGACGGCAAAGCUGCCAAUUGGCGAUUAUAUCCAGAUGGCGUCGCGCUCUGUUCUCGCGACAAACCAUGUUGUGGAGAUCAUGGUUCGCUGGCUGCAGCUGCAAGACUGGGGCGAGGCUUUUAUGCAGACCAUUCCAUCUCGAAAAGGUGGCGUCUUGAGAGAGGGUGGGAACGAACAGGAAGAUUCAACACCACAGAAGAGCGACGCGGUGUUGGACAGCGAGCAAGAGGACUCCACAGAGCCUGUUGCUACGAUUGAAGCCGGAGAGAAGGCUUCUGUUAGAGAAGAGGGUCUUCAAGCCGAGCAAUGA